GUGUCCGACUGAAACGACCAAAAUGUUGCCAGAAAGUGGAAGUUUAGAAGUUCUGCUGUUGAAAUGAGUUACAUGUGAAACAUGUGUAUUUCAAUUUAAGCGUAAUUUCAGAUGAAUGUUAGCAUAAAAACUACGAACGUUAAAAUGGCGUCCUGGAUGUUUGCUGUGUUUUUGCUGUCAGUGGCGGCCGCGGAGGAGAUGCUGAACAUCCCCGGAGGAAAGAUGCUGAUGGGAACCAGUGCAGCCGACGGCAGAGAUGGAGAGUCUCCCCCCAAGGAGGUUCAGCUGCAGCCCUUCAAAAUAGACAAAUACCCAGUGACAAAUGCUGACUUCAGAGACUUUGUGAGAGCACAGAAGUACAAAACUGAAGCUGAGACAUUUGGCUGGAGUUUUGUGUUUCAAGACUUUGUGUCAGAUGAGCUGAAGAAGAAGGUCACUCAGAGGAUUGAGUCUGCUCCCUGGUGGUUGCCCAUAGAGCGAGUGUUUUGGAGACAGCCUGCAGGACCUGGUUCAGGCAUUCGGGAGCGCCUGGACUUCCCGGUGGUUCAGGUGAGCUGGAACGAUGCUCAGGCCUUCUGCCUGUGGAAGGGCAAGAGGCUGCCGACGGAGGAGGAGUGGGAGUGGGCUGCACGUGGGGGGCUGCAAGGUCGGACUUAUCCGUGGGGAAACAAGUUCCAGGCCAACAGAACCAACCUGUGGCAGGGAUUGUUUCCAGAUGGAGACACUGCAGAGGAUGGUUACCAUGGCAUCUCUCCUGUCACAGCUUUUCCUCCCCAGAACGGCUAUGGGCUGUACGACAUGAUGGGAAACACGUGGGAGUGGACGUCCACACCAUUUCCCGGAGCGAGGCCGAUGUAUGUGCUGCGUGGUGCCUCCUGGAUCGACACGGUGGACGGUUCAGCUAAUCACAAGGCUCGAAUCACAACCAGGAUGGGCAACACUCCCGACUCUGCCUCUGAUAACCUGGGGUUCAGAUGUGUUGCCAGCGAUGGACAGAAACAAGGGAAGAAAAAAGACAAAGCAGAACUAUAGUACAAAGCAGUUAAAAAAAAAAAAA